AUGCGGCAGAUAGCUUCGAGUAUCACGUAUUUGCCAUGUCUUGAUGAGCCCUGUGUAUUUGACGUCUUAGCAUACACAGACAAAGAUUGUGAUGUCCCGCUUACUUGGAUCGAGAGUGAUCCUAAGCUGAUUGCUAAUCCGCAAAUGGUGAAGUUGCAUUCGUUUGAUACAAAGAUUCACAAGGUUGACACUUUGGUAUCAUACAAAAAUGAUGAGUGGGAUGAGGCAUGA